AUGCCCAACAAUCUCUUUGGGGGCAAUGCGGCGGUAGUGGAUGGACAGGAUCAACAGUGUGCACCGCCCAAGCAACUUGCAGCACCGAAAAUCCAUUGUGUCUCUGCAACCGCGACAACAGGAACAACCACCACAUCCAAGACUACGUUGACUACCACCACUUCGACCACUAGUACUAAAGUAUCCACCGGAACUACAACUACUGCCCCUACCACGACAACUACUAGUACUAGUACAGCCUCUACUGCUACAAACAGUGGUAACCCCUUCAGCGGCUACCAGCUCUAUGCGAACCCUUACUACUCCGCGGAGGUUUUCACAUCAGCCAUUCCUUCCCUGACAAGCUCGCUCGCGGUGAAGGCCACAGCAGUGGCCAAGGUUCCAUCUUUUGUUUGGCUCGACGAGGCUGCCAAGGUGCCGACCAUGGGAACUUAUCUUGCCGAUAUCCAGUCACAGAAUGCGGCCGGCGCCAGCCCACCCAUUGCGGGAAUCUUUGUGGUUUAUGACUUGCCAGACCGUGACUGCGCCGCUCUUGCCAGCAAUGGCGAGUACUCAAUUGCCGACAACGGAGUAGCGAAUUACAAAGCAUACAUUGACUCAAUUAGGGCUCAGCUUGUGAAGUAUUCUGAUGUCCAUACUAUCUUGGUCAUUGAGCCUGAUAGUCUCGCCAAUCUCGUGACCAAUUUGGCCGUGACCAAGUGUGCCAAUGCCGAGAGUGCUUAUCUGGAGUGCGUCAACUAUGCAUUGAUUCAACUCAACUUGGCAAACGUAGCCAUGUACAUUGAUGCUGGACACGCUGGCUGGCUGGGCUGGUCAGCUAAUAUCGGACCAGCGGCCACGCUCUUUGCCGAAGUAUACAAGAACGCAUCUUCACCCGCCGCUGUGCGUGGACUAGCUACCAAUGUCGCCAACUAUAAUGCCUGGACAAUCGCAACUUGCCCAUCAUACACCUCAGGAGAUACUAACUGCGACGAGAAGCUUUAUGUCAACGCCAUUGCCCCGCUCCUGGAAGCUGCUGGUUUCUCUGCUCAUUUCAUCACCGACACCUCGCGAAAUGGUGUACAGCCAACGGAGCAAAAUGCCUGGGGUGACUGGUGCAACGUCAUUGGCACUGGAUUUGGUGUUCGUCCCACAACAGAUACUGGAGAUGUCCUCGAGGAUGCAUUUGUUUGGGUCAAGCCCGGGGGCGAAUGUGACGGGACCUCAAACACCACAUCUGCACGAUAUGAUGCACACUGUGGGUACAGUGAUGCCUUGCAGCCGGCGCCAGAGGCAGGAACUUGGUUCCAGGCCUAUUUCCAACAAUUGCUUGUCAAUGCCAAUCCUUCCUUUUAA